GCGCCCUACUGCCAAUCCAUGCACCACCCCGCCCCCUCUUUUUCUGAUCCAUCUCUCUAUAAAUACUCACUCCAAUCUCUCUCUCAUUUCACAAAAUCCCAAUUAUCUUAUCUCUCUACUAGCUGCUAUAGCUAUAGCUGUUUUCUAUAUAAUAUAAUUAAUAUGGCCUUGUCAUCAAGAUUAACCCUGAUGAUGGCUUCCCUUGUUUUCUCUUUUCUGGUUCUCCAGUACCUCACUGAAGCAGCUCAUCAGUCCCACACGAUGAACAACAAUGGAGCACCGAGCCCCCUACCCCCGCCCACCCUAGAUUGCGGAGUGGCAUGUGAAGGAAGGUGCAAAUUAUCAUCAAGGCCUCGUCUGUGCAAAAGGGCUUGUGGGAGUUGCUGUGACAAGUGUAGCUGCGUUCCUCCAGGCACUGCUGGCAACUAUGAGGCUUGUCCUUGCUAUGCUAGCCUCACCACCCGCAAUCAAACCCGAAAAUGCCCUUAAUUAAUUCCAUUAAUCAUUUCAUUUCAAAAAAUCCCAUAUAUGUCUAUAAAUAUG